AUGGCAGCGGUGCUGGCGGCAACAGCGGCGGUGGGAGGACGGGAGGGAGUGGUGUUAGGGGUGGUGGGAGUGGAACAGCACGGCGCGAGCCAUCGGGGGCUGGUGCGGCGCCCCAGUGCCGGCGCCAAACCCUCGGUCACCACAGUCCCAGCCCCAGCCCCAGCCCCAGCCCCAGUCUCAGCCCCAGCCCCAAACCCACCAGCCCCAGCCAAGUCUGCCGAUGUGCGUCCAUUGACGCUCACCGGGUCCGCUCCUGCUCCAGCUCCCAGCCCGACAACGGCUCCCGCGCCGACCAAGGCUCCCGCCCAAGCCCCAGCUCCUGCUGCAAACAAGACUGUUGUCAGCCCGAUUCAUGCCAAGCCCGUUUCCGCCCCUAGCCCCGAGCCCGCCGCUAGCGCCCCGCCUCCAAACAAGGCCCAUUCAGGUGGCAGCGAAGGCUUCGACCCGGAAGACGACAUUACGCUGGCCCACACCUCCGCCCCCGCCAAUUUCUUCGACUCGGAACCCAGCACACCUCUUGUCAGCGUUGCUCGCCCACCCCCGGAAUCCCCCACAACCCGACCGAGCACGAGUUCAAGUGCGCCUCGAACCCAGUCCACCACCACACCACGCCACACACAGCCCGCAGCCCCACCCGUCGCCCAGAGUGAUCUCCCGCUCAGCUUCCGCCUUGGCUUGAAUAUCGAUAGCUGUGCCCUGGGUGGCUUGCGCAGCAUUCAGGAUAAAUGGCAGCUUUUUACCGAUGCGGCAGCCAUGCGUCAAGGCCGUGCCAUGCUUGCGGCCCUGCUCCACUUGUAUAAUACAACGCAGUUUGACGUCUUCUGUGCCCUGCUAAAAAAUUCGGUCCUGGCUCAAGACCACUUUGCCGCUUGGUUGGAAGGAGUCGGGGAGUGGGACACCCUCCUCCAGCUCUGCCGCAAGUGCAUGCACACCAACCCAAAGUUGCGAGGAACAGCGCUGCGCGCUUAUCUUCGCCAACACACGGGCCUGGCGCGGGCCGAGUGGCUCUCAACCCUUCUCACAGCCGACGGACCUGCCACGGCCAGUGAGCUUUUCUCCGAGAGCAACCAAGCUCAUGCUUCCACAUACAGCCAUCUUCUGCGCUUCCAGCAUCAGCUGGAUGCAAAAUACAAUCCGACCACGUCCCUGGUCGGCAUGCCCAUGGCCACGACGGUCUUUUUUGUGGCCAUGAGUGCCUACGACGCCAAUGCCACCCUAUGCAAUAGCAAAGCCAUGCGCGAGGCAGGUCUCGUGCAGCAAAGCGCUUCGCUGCUCGACCCAUUCAUUCCCAUCUCAUCUGGUCUGGACAUCUGCGCUUGUCCUUUGCAGAAAUUUGGCAUGAGCGAGGUGCAGCAUGGUCAUGCCGCGCUUGGUGGCCUGGCCAAGAGUCAUAAUUUUCAAGAGGUAUGCAAGCCCCGUCCGCGUAUUUGGAGUCGACCACCCGCCAGCUCACAGAUGGACGGUGGCCACCGUGGGGCAGUUUGA